ACGUGAGACUCGGUGAAGGCUCCUAGGUGAAGGCUGCAGGUUUCAACAAGUAUUUGGUUUCUUCAAGUAUUUGUCCAGUAAGGCACUUAAAAAUGGCAUUUAAACAAGAAAUAAUGAGUGACCAGCGGUUUAAGCGGGUUACAAAGGACCCAAGAUUUUGGGAAAUGCCAGAAAAGGAACGAAAAGUCAAAAUUGACAAGAGAUUUCGAGCAAUGUUUCAUGACAAAAAGUUCAAGCUGAAUUACUCUGUGGAUAAAAGAGGACGCCCAAUCAACCACAGCACUACUGAGGACUUGAAACGUUUUUAUGACCUUUCAGAUUCUGAUUCAGAUCUCUCUGGUGAAGAUAACAAAGAUUUGAACCAGAAGGAAAUAAAGAAGAAGAAAAAACAGAAAAAUGAAAUACAGUCAAAAAAUCUAGUUGAGAAAACGAAAGAAACCAAGAAAAUUAACCAAAAGGAUUCUGGAAGUAAAAACAAUUUAGAUAACUUGGACAUAAUUCAGAAAAUGAAAAUCUGCAAAUCGAAGAAGAUGAAUUCAAAAAUAAGACCCAAGAAAGAUAGUGAAGAAUUUAUAACAAAAAGUACAAAACAGGAAAAAAAUAAUAUUCAACAUAAUACACACUUGUGUCCCAAAGGAAGAGUAAGGACAGUAGACUCAGGCACUUCCGAAAUUGUGAAAUCUCCCAAGAUCAAGUAUUCUGAGACAAAAAGAGAAAUGCAGUCAGUUGUUCCACUCAUAGUGGCAAGACACAGUGAUGGUUAUGAAAAGUCAGCAGGUGGUAAAAUGUUUGAUAAAGAUGCUCUGGAGGAAGUUUUAGAAAGUGCUAGUGAAAUAGGAAGUGAUGAAGAAUCUGAAAAUGGAAUUACAAGCAUUGGCAGAGAUUCAGCUGAUGAUGAUGACAAUGAUGAAAGUGAAAAUGACGAGGAAGAGGAGAAUGAAAGUGAUGUUAGUGAGGAUGAUGAUGAAAGUGACAGUGGCCCUGAUCUUGCAAGAGGUAAAGGAAAUAUAGAAACUAGCUCUGAAGAUGAAGAAGAUAUGGCAGAUCUACUUCCAGAGGAAUCUGGUUUUGAGCAUGCUUGGAGAGAACUAGAUAAAGAUGCUCCUCGGGGUGAUGAGAUUACACAUCGAUUAGCAGUUUGCAACAUGGACUGGGAUAGAUUAAAAGCAAAAGAUUUGCUUGCUCUGUUCAAUUCAUUUAAACCUAAAGGAGGUGUUAUAUUCUCUGUAAAGAUAUAUCCUUCAGAGUUUGGAAAGGAGAGGAUGAAGGAAGAGCAAGUUCAAGGACCAGUAGAAUUAUUAAGUAUUCCUGAAGAUGCCCCUGAAAAGGACUGGACCUCUAGAGAAAAACUGAGAGAUUAUCAAUUUAAACGACUGAAGUAUUAUUAUGCAGUAGUAGACUGUGAUUCUACUGAAACAGCCGCUAAAAUUUAUGAGGAUUGUGAUGGACUGGAAUUCGAAAGUAGUUGUUCAUUUGUAGACCUAAGGUUUAUACCAGAUGAUACUACUUUUGAUGAUGAGCCCAAGGACGUAGCUUCAGAAGUGGAUUUAACAGCAUAUAAACCAAAAUAUUUCACAUCUUCUGCAAUGGGAACAUCAACGGUGGAGAUCACUUGGGAUGAGACCGAUCAUGAAAGAAUCACAACACUCAACAGGAAGUUUAAAAAGGAAGAACUUCUGGACAUGGAUUUUCAAGCUUAUUUAGCUUCCUCUAGUGAAGAUGAAGAAGAGAUAGAAGAUGGGCUGCAAGGUGAUGAUGAAGUCACUGUAGAAGAAGAUGGGAAAACAAAAAAAAGUCAGAGAGAUGAGGAAGAACAAAUUGCUAAAUAUAGGCAACUCUUGCAGAUUAUUCAAGAAAAAGAAAAGAAAACCAAAGAAAAUGAUAUGGAAAUGGAAAUUAAGUGGGUUCCAGGUCUUAAAGAAAGUGCAGAAGAAAUGGUCAAAAACAAAUUGGAGGGAAAGGAUAAACUGACCCCUUGGGAACAAUUUCUAGAGAAGAAAAAAGAAAAGAAAAGACUGAAAAAGAAACAGAAGGCUCUUGCUGAAGAGGCCAGUGAAGAUGAACUUCCCUCUGAUGUUGAUUUGAACGACCCAUACUUUGCUGAAGAAGUUAAAAAGAUAGGUAUAAAAGAAACGAAAAAAUCAAUGAAAUCUGUAAAAGGUAGCACAUCUCCAGAGGAAGAAGCUGAAAUAGAAAAACAGAAGGCUGAAAUGGCUUUGCUCAUGAUGGAUGAGGACGAAGAGAGCAAGAAACACUUCAAUUACAACAAGAUUGUAGAACACCAGAAUCUGAGCAAAAAGAAGAAAAAACAGCUUAUGAAAAAGAAGGAAUUAUUAGAAGAUGACUUUGAGGUAAAUGUUAAGGAUUCACGGUUUCAGGCAAUGUAUACUUCCCACUUGUUCAAUUUGGAUCCUUCAGAUCCUAAUUUCAAGAAAACAAAAGCUAUGGAAAAAAUCCUUGAGGAGAAAGCCCGGCAGAGAGAACAAAAAGAACAAGAACUUAUUCAGGCAAUAAAGAAAAAGGAGAGUGAAAUUCAGAAGGAAUCACGAAAGAGUUCCAUUGAUCCUGCCUUGUCAAUGUUGAUUAAAUCGGUAAAAAACAAAACAGAGCAGUUUCAAGCAAGAAAAAAACAAAAAAUCAAAUAGCUCUAUGUUGUUUCUUUUAAGAUUGAGAAUGUGAUAUCUCUAAAGUUUACAGAAGUGGUAGAAAGAGUAUUGGGAACAGAGCUACCUUUCAGGAAUAUGAAUAAUGUCUUAUUCUGACCAUUGAAAAUUUCUCUCAUAUAUAACAGGUAGACUUAAUUGUGAUGACAGAUUUGUGCUUUAUAGGAUUUAUAAAGUUUUUAUAUUUCAUGAAAUUUAGUUCAUACUAGAAGAUUAAGGUAUAGCCUCUUUCAAAGACUUUACAAUUCUAUGUAAAAAGAGAACAAUAAAAAUAAGUAGAACAGAUAAAAAAGUGCUGAAUUAACUUUUUUAGCCGUAAUGGAUGGAAGCGAUCAUUCACUUUCUUUCUUGUUUCAUCAUGUUUAUUAUAGUUUGUUUUUGAAAUUAACUGGUAAAUAAAAGUUCAGAAUAUUUUUA